AUUAAAUUGACUGUAUUUCCUGCCUUGAGUGCCGUUUCUGCUCCCCGCGCUCUUUCUUCAAGCUCUAUAAGGUUCUAUGGUCUCAUUAGAUUGUCGAUACUCGAUAGAACCGACGCCUAGGGUUCCGGAUCCUCCGGUCACGAUGUGUAUACCUCGAUGGGUGCCCUAACAGGCCACCGGAGCGCAGUUUCGCCGAUCUCCCCUUCCCGUUCUCCCUUCCUCCCUUUAAAAAGCCGCUGCUCCUCCACCUCCGACCUCGCGCUUUCUUUUCCUCCCAUCCGCUCCCGAACCCCCGGUUUUCUACUCUUCACCGCUCCUUCCACGAUCUCUUAGCACUCUCAGGGACUGAAACACUUGAACGCUGCAGAGAUGGGUAAUUUUUUCUCGCAGGGUGAUGAUGGGGUCUCCUUGAAUUGGUACAGUAAAUUGGUGGAGGGGCGUUCUGCUGCCAAAGGCAAUGCGGUGGGGAGGGCGGUUUAUGAUCCUUUUAAACGGUUAGGUCUCGCCAUUCUAAACCGAAAGGAUGAUAAAGAAGAUUCUAAGUAUGCUUUGCCUAUUAAGGCUGGGGAUGGGAGAAGGUUCAAUUUUGAGAUAACGCCGGUUAGAUACGCGACAGUCCCAACGCUGAAGAAAACUUCCGGCUUCCAAAUUGUAACGGAGCUGGUCCAUACGAGGGAGGGCAAACCCAAGGAUGAACUUUUUCACCCUCUUAAAUUUGAUGACGAUGAAGUGGUCUCUCAUGCACUGUAUGGUGACAAUAGAGAUGAAAUUUUAGUGACACAUGGACCCUCAAAUAUUGCGAUUUCAAGGAGGGUCUUGCAAUGCUUGAUACCUGGUGGUUGGUUGAAUGAUGAGGUCAUUAACCUCUACCUGGAGCUAUUGAAGGAAAGGGAAAGAAGAGAGCACAAGAAGUUUUUGAAAUGUCAUUUCUUCAAUACCUUUUUCUAUAAAAAGUACAUACAAUGAAAUGACACAUAUGCUUGGCUCAAAAUCAUUGGGGCAUUUCGAGCUGUUCAUUGUUGAAUAAAUGGAGGUAUUAGAAGGAAGUUAAAGCCAUGGCUUCGAGGUGGUUCCUCGAGGAUUGGAUUUGGUGGUCUUUGAAACUUGCGAUGGCUGUGAUGGGGCCUUCUUCCCCAGCUAGAGUUUGAUAUGCUUUCACAUGAAACCUUGUUAGUUCACAUACCAAAUCAUUAAGAAUUAAGUGGUAUGUAUGUAAAUGCCCCUUAAACUUACCUACAUGCUCUACAUGAUCAACAAUCUAUAUCAGCAAUCUCAAUGCAUUUUCAGCAAUCUCAAUGCAUUUUCUUUGGAAUGGAUGUGGUUAUUUUUUUGGAUAUGGAAACAUCUAAAUUA